GAAUGAACAGUCGUAGGUCUUAUUUAGUACGACGAUGCCCAACACCUGCAUCGCCAGAUAUUCACCUAAGGACAUAUUUCUAUCAUUCGGAGUGAGGUACGGAGGCAUCUAAUAGUCGUGUAUUUUGCAUCUUUCGUAAUGCGACUCUAGUACGCGCACAGAUGAGCGCUGCAAGUUUCAGCCACCAUCGUCACCAUGAACGGCACUCCCUCAUCUCUGUACUGUUCUCUUCCGCUUUCCAUACCGAAAAAGUCUAUUCGAGUUCUAGACUUUCAUGACGAUGUCCCAGCCUCCCCAGCAGAACCAUUACGGUGUUAUAUACGCGUUGUUGAUCUUGUUGACAAGCCAGUUUUCACAGCCUUAUCAUACGUCUGGGGAGCCUGCGAUUCCCCCCCUCACAAGAUCUGCUGCGAAGGAUUCAAUAUUAAAAUCACUUCAAAUUGCCGAGCCUCCCUUUGUGCUUUGCGACGGAGAUUUGGCCCCGUCACAAUAUGGGUUGAUUCUAUCUGUAUGAACCAACAAGAUGACAAGGAAAAAGAAUCUCAGAUUCCCCUCAUGGGUGAUAUCUAUUCUUUAGCCGCCUCAGUUUACAUUUGGCUUGGAGAAGAAACGCCAGAAUCCAAUGCGGCUAUGAAUUACCUUGGAUCUGCUGGCUUCCAGCGUCACUUCCACUCAAGUGUUAACUUGUACUACCCAUCUCAAAGAAAUACGUGGGUUUAUUGGCGGAUUGCGUGGUACCUAUUGACAAGAAGGCAUGGGGAAUUUGUAACAGGCUGGUGGAAGUACGGUUUCUGGAGUAGUGCUGGUACCUUCUUAACAGGCCUUCAGAGGCCUCCGGACAAGCUAAUUCACUAUGAAUGCCUUGAAGAUUUCUUCUCUAGGGAGUGGGCAUCCAGAGUAUGGACGCUGCAGGAGGCCAUUCUAGCGAAGAACCCAGUGGUUUACUGUGGUCAGACUGUUCUCGAUUGGCAAUCAAUCAUCUACAGUGUUGCAUAUUUGGAAUAUGCAAGCCGAAAUUAUGGCGUAGCACUUCCGGAGACUAACUUCAACGUCUGGAGGAAUAUAGUCCUGCUUUGGCUUGUCACAAAUUCCAAUAGUUCGCAUCUAGGUCGCGUUCUUGAUAAUUCCUUAUCCAGCGAAAUCACACUCCAAAGAUUUAUGCCCGAAUAUUGGGAGUUCAUUGAGGCUAUCACACACAGACAUCGUCGUUUAGCUCGAAUAUCACUCUGUGCCCAGAUCGGUAUCUGGUUCGUAUUUAUGGCAAUUAUUCGAAUUGCUCUUGGGACGGAAACAUACAAAUCCGAAUUCGCCGGGGCUGCCAUCGCUUUUAUCGCAAUGAUUUGCAUUGCUACUUUUGUCGCUGAUCCAGUAUUCCGUUGGCCCAUCAGCUUUUCACGGGAGAUAGCAAAACGUGUGUCGGAUGUCCCGAACGCGGUCAUUCACGAAUUAUGUGCUAGAAAAGCUACAAAUCUCAAGGACAAGUUUUAUGGAAUGUAUGCCAUAUUUUCGCGACUUGGUAUGUCGCUGCCUCCUCCAGAGUAUAGCCGUACACAGGAAGACGUGCACCGAGACGCCUUUCUCGUCUUAUUAGGCUGGACCAAGUCUCUUGGUUUACUUCUUUGCUCUUGUGGGCGCAAGUCGAUUUAUGAGUCGUCUUGGGUUCCCAACUGGAGUGAAGACCUAACACAAGGAUGGUUUGACGCCGACUACAUGCUUAGAAAAGGUCGCUAUGAUGCGACUCCUAGUUCAUCCCCAAUAUGGAGCUUGCGCAACGGCAAACAACUAGCCCUCAGAGGGGUCAUUGUCUCAAGUAUCAUGACACAUACUGAACCAUUCCAAAUUCUCGAUGAUGAAGCUGUACACUUGAGAUACGAACAACCAACGUUUUUCAACGCACUAAGAACUCUCAAGGAGUAUUGCCAGCUUGGAAACCCAGUAUUGACACGUUUUUCUCAGCCACUUCGAGGCGCUGCCAAUGCAAGUGAUCCGACGUACGUGCUUGAUAUGAGUGCUGUCUACCUGCCUUACUGGCUUGGUAUCCUGAAUCCUCUGGCACAGACUGAGCGUCUCCUAUUCAAAACCUCAAUUUUUGGCCGUACCGCAGUUGGCAGUUGUCCAAUGAAGGCUCAAGUAGGAGAUCUGAUCGCUUUAGCUUCAGGAGUACCAUUGCCGCUUGUGCUGCGUCCGGAAGAAACGUCGUAUCGCUUCGUCGGCUUCGCAGAGGUUGACGGUCUAAUGGAAGGAGAAUUUUGGAUAGGGGUUACUGAUGAGGACUUGGUAGAUAUUGUUAUUAUAUAAAUUAUCAUUUAUUCAUUCUUUUAAGCUGUUAAAAUGAGUUGAACGAUCCGACGA